GAUGGGUCUGUCCGAGUUGGCUCAGUGAGUCGCGUGACCGCAUUUGACAAAGAGGGGGAACCCAAAAAAAAUCACAGCGUGGGAUUUUGAGGGAAGGGGUGGAGUGGAAUUAGCCAAAAAAUGGUGAACAAGCGGGAGAUUAUUAGUCCUCCUCUCCUCCUUUACCAUCACCACCACCUCUCCCCCUUCUUUCUUUCUUCUUUUUUCUCUCUCAUUCCCAUUAUUUUCCCCAAUUUUGCUUCUUCGCUUCUAACCCUAAUUCCCUUUUCUAGCAUCGACUCCCUCUUUCGUCCUCCCUUCUCACUCCCCUUCUUCAAUCGGUUCUUCCCUCCUUUUCUUUUCCCUAACUUUUGUUCUUUCUCGAGUUUUUUCAUCUGGGUGUCUCUCGUUUCGUUUGUGGGUUUGUGGGUUGUGCGACUUGAGCGUGGUGUUGCUGUCUCUUCUCCAGGGGUGUUGAAAUAACCUGCUAUUGUUCCUGUGAUUUGGUGUUUAAGGCCUAUUGUUGUGUAGUCUUAUACCAAUUGAGGGGAAAAAAUCGGUUAUGGAAGAGUUCGGGACUUCGGGGAUUUAUGGAAACUCUACCAUGAGGAGGAAAAGGAGUCGAACUUCUCGUAGACCUCGACUCGAGUCACAGCAAUUUACUGAAGGUCUUGAUCCUUCACCUUCAUCGUCAACUCCGCCUUCUGAUGAUGCAGUCAAGUUAUCUAGUGAUGAGAAUGGUGGAGGUGAUGGUGGUUCUAGGAGAAAAGAAUUAAGUCUCAAUCAAUGUGUAUCUAGAGGCUCAUCUGCUAGCGGGGCCGAAAACGAACAUUUUCUUAAAAGAAGCAAAAAGGAUGGAAGUUAUAAUUCAUAUUACCGUAGCGAACCUGGACGGAAUGCUAGUGAUAAUAAACGCAGCAGUGAAGGUGUCCUUGCCCCUGCUAAUUGGAGAAGCACGAGCAAGGGAUCAGAUGGUAUUGAAUCGGAGUCGAGCAGCAUUGAUCCAUAUGGUGGAAGGUAUGGUGGUGAAAGUUCAAGUUCUGGACAGAAAGGACUUUACGUUGAAGGAGUAGGAAACGAUAAUAAGGUCAAGAAGGUUAAGCUUAAGGUUGGCGGGGUCACUCGCACUAUUCAAGCCACUUCCCCUCCCAACGGCUCAUCUAAAGGAAGUUCUUCAAAGAGCUCUCAACCUUCAGAUAUUCAUAGGCAGCAACACAAGAACAAUGUUCUGGAAACCUUUAAUGGAAAUCAUUCCCCUUCGGAAAGAAAAGGCGGAUUGCACGGAGUUCCAUGGAGGGACUUCUCUAGAGGUGGUUUUGGUCUUGAAAAGGAGGAGUCUUUGACAGGGAAGACGUCGGGGAGGAAUUCUUCUGGGAAGCAUGGAGCAGAGUCGCUUCGGAAGAGUAAAAGAGCCUCGAAGAAGCGUGUUCUUGAUGGAGAUUUCGAUGAUGAUGAUGAUGAUGAGAUACGGUAUUUGGAGAAGCUCAAAACUUCAAGAGCUUCCGUAGGAUACCAUGAUGAUGGUGAAGGACCGAGCAAGAAGCAGCGGAAACUUUCUAGCAUUUCUAGCAUGGAGAAUUAUGGUGCACUGAAGCAUGACAAAGAUGGGAAGAAGGCUAGAACAGAAAUGGGGUCUGAUGACAAAGAUUACGAGGAAGAAGAAGAAUCAGCAUCUGAUGGCGUCGUUGAAGCUAACCAUAAGAAGCAGAGGAAGGAAUCCAUCGACACGUUGAUGGAUGGUAAGCGAGAAAUGACUCUCACCACUCGUCAAAGAGCUCUUCAAUCUAGCAAAGAUGCAUCAUCGACUCGAGGUGCUACUUUGAUCGAGUUCCCAAAUGGAUUACCGCCCGCUCCACCCAGAAAGCAAAAAGAGAAGCUUACCGACGUGGAACAGCAACUUAAGAAGGUGGAAGCUGCGCAAAGACGGAGAAUGCAAGUCGAGAAGGCUGCUAGGGAAUCCGAGGCGGAGGCAAUUAGAAAGAUACUCGGUCAAGAUUCAAGCCGAAAGAAGCGGGAAGAUAAAAAGAAGAAACGCCAGGAAGAAUUAGCUCAGGAGAAGGCUGCAAAUGCUCAGAAGCUAUUAUCAAACACCAUCAGAUGGGUCAUGGGUCCUUCUGGUACGGUGGUGACGUUUCCGAAUGAUAUGGGUCUUCCGAGCAUAUUUGAUUCUCGACCAUGCAGCUAUCCUCCUCGGCGGGAAAACUGUGCAGGGCCAUCGUGUUCGAAUCCAUACAAGUAUCGGGAUUCAAAGUCGAACCUCCCUCUUUGCAGUCUCGUGUGUUACAAAGCAGUUCAAGAGCAGUUGACAGAAAGUAGGUGCUAGAUUGUUAUUAGGUCUGUUUGCAUUUUGUUCAUUGAUUGAUUCUCUGCACAUUUAAACGAAGUUAGAUAGAGAUAUAUAAUUGCAGAGACGUUGAUGGAAGAAAUGUUUUUGAAUGUGUUCUUAAGUGCCCCAUACCCAUUUUUAAGUACAUACAAAGUUUGGAAACAACU